AUUCUCUCACUAUUUUUUAAAAUCUUCCUUCUGCAAGAAUGACUGACCCUAUUUGUUUUGCUCUUUUACGAAACUCAAUUUAUCAAAUACUUCAUUCAACUGGUUUUGAAUCUAGUCAUGGGGAACCUAUCAAUGUACUUACUGAUAUCUUUGGUCAAUACAUUCAAUUACUUGCCUCCUCUGCUUCAACUUUUGCUCAUUUAGGUGGUCGGUCAGUAGCAAGUCCUUGGGAUAUUGUUGAUGGUCUGAUUGAUGUACAAGUCACUUUAGAUCAACUUGAAGAAUGGUUAGAUACUGAACAAGGUCAAUUCCUUACACCAGCUUGGUCUAAUAAAACAGAUCCUAGUCGUGUUUUGAAAGAUAUUGUGACGAAUGGAAGGAUGUAUCAGGAUUAUAUACUUUAUCAAUACAACAAUCAACAAUACCAUCAAAUUAAUAUCAAUAGAAUGAAUGGAAAUGCCAACAAUGAUGAUCAACCAAUACUUACCAAAAUGGAUCACAGAAACGCGUCACUUCCUGAUUAUAUACCAUCACAUAUGCCUUCCUUUCCAACUGAUGAUUUCAAUGGUAUAUCAGAUCAGCAAGCGGAUAUUCAACAAUCACAGCUUUCAUCAAAUCAAAUGCAUACGACUCAAUUAUCAUAUCCAAUGACCUCACUUUUACCCUCCUCCACAAGCAACAACAACAAUAAUAACAAUAACAAUCAUAAACCUUCAUCCAAGAAACCCAAUGAUAAUCCCUUUACUCAACUGGUACCUUUUGAAGAAUCUUCACUUGCUUCUGGAAAUGGAUUAUCUCUCACUAUUUCAUCACUUUAUUCAAAACCAACUUCACCUCUCCAACAAAGACAACAAAUGGAUAACAACGAUGAUGAUGAUGAUGAUGAAUAUAUGGAAAUGGCAAAGAAACGACGUUUUGCAGAAGUCAAUGGUUCAAUGGAAACUACAAUGAAUAGGAUGAUGGAAAGAUACAGUGAACAGGAAUAUCAACAACAACAAAAUCUUCUUACCAAUGGAAAUCGCAUUAUAUUUCAACAACUCACCCAAAAUGAAGCAGCACCUGGUAAAACUAUAUUCGGAACUCGUGAUGGUAUGCUUGAUGAAAUCGUUCACCGAAUAGCGCCUCCUAUUGCCCUGGCAAGACUCUCUUCACCAAAUUUAUUAUUAGAUACAGCCACUGUAUCUUCUCCAGCAACUUCUACGCCUAUCACAAUUUCAGCACCAACUCAAUUACCUACGCCUCCUGCUCCUGUGAUAUCAACGCCGACAGAAAACAGAAGAUCUAGCAGUCCAUUACCUCCUCCAGUGUCCUCAAAAUCUAUAAUGCCGCUCAAUGUAAUACCUCCCACGGAUCCUUCUAUGUAUGUAUCAUCUCAAUUCACAAGUUCACCAUCUCCACAUAAUGAUUUGAAGACAUCAUUGCCACCAUCGGAAUCAGAGUCAUUAAUACCAUCAACAGCGACAACAGCAGAAACAACAUCAUCAAUAAUAACAUCAUUACCAUCAUCAACAUCAUCAGCAGCCACAGCAGCAGUAACAUCAGCAUCAGCAACUUCAGCAUUGGACGCAUCAUCAUCAUCAUCAUCAUCAUCAUCAAUGACUCCUUUACAAUCUUUUGUAUCUAUGGAUGAUCACACAAAUGAAUCCACACCUAUGCCCAAUUCUUCAGAAGUUCCUACUGUCAAAAUACCCACCUCUCUCGCUAUGCUCUCAGCUCGUGGUAACACCAACUCAAUCAAAAAGGACAAAAAAAAAUUAUCGGUCAAAGCAGCGCUCAAGGAUAAUAAUGGAUUACCAAAAAAGAAGAAAAAGUCAAGACUCUCAGUCGAUUUAGAAGACAAUAUCAAUGCAAAUCUCUCAAUGUCUAAACCAUCUUUAUCAACUUCAGUGCGAUCCAUUGAAACAAAUUCGAUAGGAUCAACAACAACAACAACAACAAUAACGGGAAUACCAAAGAUGGUUCCAAGAGUAGAUUUACCAACAAAAGAAAAAAUAGAAGGCAAUGGAGAAAGGACACCAGAUACGCCCAGGGUACGAUUUAAGGAUCAACUAGAGGAUUCAAACAAACAUCAAGAUAAUAAUCGGUCAAAAGCAAUAUCCAUGCAAUCAUCGUCAUUAUCACCACCAGUGCCACCAUCUGAUUUCACUACACCAAUGAAGAAGAAAAAGAAAAAAAAGAAACAUGAUCAGCAGAUGCCACCUUCCGGUCCAACGGUUAUAAAUACAAUAUCAACGGCACCAACCACGGCAAUGACGACAGCUCUUUCAAAAGAACCGAACAGCACAGCCACAACCAAGUCAAUGACGACAACUGCAUCAUCCUUCUCUUCCGGCAACAACAAUUAUUCAUCAACACCGAUACGAUCGACACCUAUUUCCAAUGUAGCUCCUAUUAUGUUAUUACCCACUCCAGCCACCACGUAUUAUGAUACCUCGGAAACGGUACGAUGUAUAUGUGAGAACCCUACUGUGGACUAUGGUACAUUUAUGAUUUCUUGUGACAAAUGUUUGGUUUGGUUCCAUGGUACUUGUGUAGGAAUUGCUGAACAUGAUCAAGUAGAAGAAUGGAUAUGUAGACGAUGUCAUUAUUGAUUAGUUAUUAUGAGUAGAUGCAGUUAUUUUUGACAUUCAUUUGAUUUGAUUUUUUUUUGUAUUGAUCAUAGUUCAAUAAAAUUAUUUUACCUAUUUGUCUUUUUUA